AUGACAAUGGUGAAAUCUAGUGUGUUAGAGGAAGAAGCCAUAAAAGCGUUGUAUGAUGUUUCAGCGAUUAUUAGAAACAACCUAAAUGGCCUCAAAUUCUUCUAUUCCGAAGGCGGCGACCUAAUGCUACAGGGCAUUUUGAGCAACGCCGCUGCUGAUGUUAGACUACGCAAGAGAUCAGUGUCACUUGUAGCUGAUCUGGCCGAAUAUCAGUUAGAAUAUACUAGCAAAUGGGAGGUUCCUUUUUUCAGCAAUUGUGCACUGGUGAGGCUGCUGGUUGAUUUGACAGCAUCAGGUGACCUUGAUCUCUACGAGAAGGUUAAUGUUGAAGGGACAACUAAAGUUACAAAUGUCGUCUUGACUGGAAUGAUCAAGAGAAAGAAAGGAGCUAUUGUUAAUAUUGGGUCGGGUGUUGCAGUUGUUAUGCCUUCUAGUCCUCUUUAUGCACUUUAUGCUGCUACUAAAGCGCCGUUUCACAGGUAUUUACCAUUUCAACUUUUGACUUUUGACUUCAAGGGUGUUGAUAUUCUCAUAGCUAUAAACAAACAUGAGAUGCUAAAAAUGGUGAGGUUUGGUGAUGAAAUGGUAUUCGGUUCAAAGGAUAGUACAAUCACAGAUGAAGAUAUCGAUAGAAUCAUUGCUAAGGGAGAAGAGGCAACUGCUAAACUUGAUGCCAAGAUGAAAAAAUUCACAGAAAAUGCAAUCAAGUAA